AUAAAUGUAUAAAAAAUGAGUGGGUUUGUGGUUCCUGGGCUCUCUCUAAAAGGGAUCUUCCUGUUCCUCCCCAGCCCUGUGUACGAGAUGCUGAAGAGGAACCUCAGCCCUGCUGCACUCCCAGAUGCUGCACAGACUCUCCCAAAGGAGCAGAGCGUCGCUAAGCCCAGCCCAGACCAGCCGCAGCACAGCCAGGAGGAAGGAUCUGACUCUGGGAUCCUGGAGGAUGACAGCAAAACCUCUGCUCCGGCUACCUCAGAGCCCAAAUGUGACACUUGUGAAGACAAAGACUUGAUAGAAAACCUCUCCAAAAGCAAAAAGCCCAAGCUGGAUCUGGUUUUUGAGGAAUGGGAUGUGGCCGGGCUGCCGUGGUGGUUUUUAGGGAAUCUCAGAAGCAAUUACAAAUCCAGGAGUAACGGAUCCACGGAUAUUCAGACUAACCAGGACAUCGACACUGCCGUAGUUUCAGACACCACGGAUGACCUGUGGUUCCUCAACGAGUGUCCCCUGGAGCAGGGCGGUGCUGGGCUCAAGGUGGAGGUGCUGGACUGUGAGGAGGUGCCAGAAGGUGACACCAAGGUACCUCUGCCAAGUUUUCCCUGUUUUAAUUCAUCCCACCAUGCCCUUGGAAAGGCUGGAUCUGUUCCCAUCCAGAGGUUAAAUCCUGAAAUCGCUCAGGAUUGCUGGCAAUGCUCCAAGUGCAGGAAAUUCAACUCCCCGGGGAAAAGGUACUGCUACCGCUGCUGGGCCCUGCGCAAGGACUGGUACCGGGACUGCCCCAAACUGCCCCAUUCCCUGUCCCUUUCCAACAUCAAUUCCAUGGAAAACCAGGAGCAGGAUAGAGGGGUGGACGUCCCAGACUGUAGGAGGACGAUUUCAGCCCCGGCUGGCCAAGCCAAGCACCUUUUCCUGGGAGAAAACAAACCCCGCGUGGAUCCCGGCAGCUCCAUCGAGUCCUUGGAUUUGGCGCGGGAUGGGAAAAACCGGGAUUUUGCCAAGCUGAAAAAAGAGGAGGAGGUGGAAUCUUUGGAGAGCAUCAAAACCCUGCUGAGUCCCUGCUUCCUGUGCCAGCACAGGCCUCGGGAUGGGAAUAUUGUCCAUGGAAGGACUGCUCACCUGGUGGCCUGCUUCAGGUGUGCCAGGAUGCUGAAGAAGAAGAGAUCGCCGUGCCCGGUGUGCAGGAAGGAGAUCAAGAUGGUCAUCAGGACCUUCAUGGGCUAGCAGGGUCUUCUGCUCCUAAAAUAACCCCCAAAAUAAGGUUUUUUUGCACAAAAACCCCAAUUCCAGAGUUUGGUCUGCAGAAUCAAGAUGGUCAUCAGGAUCUUUAUGGGGUAGCAGGAUCUUCUGCUCCAAAAAUAACCCCCAAAAUAGUUAUUUUUUUGCACUCAAAUCCCAAUUUCAGUGUGUGCAGGAAGGAGAUCAGGAUGGUCAUCAGGACCUUCAUGGGCUAGCAGGAUCUUCUGCUCCUAAAAUAACCCCCAAAAUAGUUCUUUUUUUGCACUCAAAUCCCAAUUUCAGUGUGUGCAGGAAGGAGAUCAGGAUGGUCAUCAGGACCUUCAUGGGCUAGCAGGAUCUUCUGCUCCUAAAAUAACCCCCAAAAUAGGUUUUUUUGCACAAAAACCCCAAUUCCAGAGUUUGGUCUGCAGGAUCAAGAUGGUCAUCAGGACCUUCAUGGGCUAGCAGGAUCUUCUGCUCCAAAAAUAACCCCCAAAAUAAGGUUUUUUUGCACAAAAACCCCAAUUCCAGAGUUUGGUCUGCAGAAUCAAGAUGGUCAUCAGGAUCUUUAUGGGGUAGCAGGAUCUUCUGCUCCAAAAAUAACCCCCAAAAUAGUUAUUUUUUUGCACUCAAAUCCCAAUUUCAGUGUGUGCAGGAAGGAGAUCAGGAUGGUCAUCAGGACCUUCAUGGGCUAGCAGGAUCUUCUGCUCCAAAAAUAACCCCCAAAAUAAGGUUUUUUUGCACAAAAACCCCUAAUUCCAGAGUUUGGUCUGCAGGAUCAAGAUGGUCAUCAGGACCUUCAUGGGCUAGCAGGGCACUUUGCUCCUAAAAUAACCCCAAAAUGAGGAUUUUUUGCACUCAGAUUUCCAUUUCAGUGUGUGCAGGAAAGAGAUCAGGAUGAUCACCGGGAUCUUUAUGGGAUAGCAGGACCUUCUGCCCCUAAAAUAAUCCCAAAAUGAGGAUUUUUGCACUCAAACCCCAAUUCCAGAGCUCAGCCAGUGAAACCAAAGAAAACCAAGAUUUAAAUCCCACCAAGAAUCCUCUUUUCCAUGGAAAUCACCUUGAGAUCAAAACCCCAAAAUUUUGGAAAUUUUCCCAAUUCCUCAACUUCAGCCUGAUUUUAUCCUUUGGGAUUCUUUCUCCUGACCAAGAGCAGAAGAUCUGGGAAAAAUCGUGACUUUUGGGAUGGUUUUUUUUUCCAUAAAUCCCAACUUGUGCAAUUCCUUUGGAGCUGAGGGAUAAAAAUAGAAAUAAAUAUUUAUGGUGGGGAGGGCAGGGGAUUUGUUUUGGAGAGAAGAAAAAGAACUUUAUUCCUGAUUUUUUUUAUUGUUUAAGGUCGGCAGGUUGAAGAAUUCCUUGCUCCCAAAUGGGAAAUAAAUCCAAGUUUUUAAUCCACACCUCUCAGGUCACAAAUCAGACAGAAAAAAUAAUAAUAAUGUUAUAUUUUGCUUUCUUUUUGGGCUUUUUAGUUUCUAUUUCAUCUUUUAUUUUAAAUAUAUUUAAAUUUAUUCUGCAUCGUCUCUGUCCAGCAGGAUUCAAUUCCAGCAGCCUUGGGAUAUUUUGGGAUGUUCCAUCGGCCCUCACCAUUUAGGAUAAAAAUUCCUCAUUUUUGAGUGAAAAGUGGCUUUAAAAACAAAACACAAACUUUUGAGGAAUAAAAUACCAUUUCCACCCUUUUCAGGCACAAUU